AUGAGAACGUCAGAAACGACCAAUGUCGACCUGAUAAUCGCCAAAGUGGUCUCGAUGGCAGUGCUCGGCGUGACGUCAUUCAUACUGGGCAUUCUACCUAUGAAAAUCACCAAAAUGAUCUCGAUCAACUCGGCGGACGGCGACAAAAACCUCCUCAUAUCGCUGCUACUUUGUUUCGGGGGUGGAGUCCUGUUGUUCACCACUUUCAUCCACCUGCAACCCGAAGUCAGAGAGGGAUUCGAACACCUGCAAAGGCACGGCGCCAUGCCGGAGAUGGGCAAUGGCAUCCCCAUAUCGGAAUUGGUGUUUUGCAUGGGCUUCUUCUUCGUUUACUUCGUCGAAGAGGUCGUCCAUCUCUUCCUGGACAGGAAGUCUCACGGAGACGCUUUACACAGAUCUCUCUCUGUUCGCAAGUGCUCCAAAUCCGACGUCGCCAUCCCGCGAGUCUCCCUCGCUAAGCUCGACGACGGCCAUAGCAACAUCAGCUACAUCGGCACCUCCCACAAGGAUCUGCUCAGCCCCGCCCAUUCCCCCGACCACGCCCACCCGUCCAAACCGCCCCGCCCCGUCGACCACGCCCACAGUCACUUCGACCAAUCGGCGAGCAACUCGUGCGGCGGCCUGCUGGUCGUGUUGGCCUUGAGCUUCCACGCGGUGUUCGAGGGUCUGGCCGUGGGAUUGGAGGGCAGUGUCGAGAAGGUGUGGUAUUUGUUCGCCGCCAUAGCGACGCACAAGUUCGUCAUCGCGUUCUGCGUGGGCGUCGAGCUGGUGACGUCUAAUACGAGGACGAUGUUCGUGUUUCUGUAUAUCGGGACGUUCGCCGUCGUUACGCCAUUGGGCAUUGGCUUGGGGCUGAUCCUGAGCGAGAAGGCGAGCUCCGAAGACAUCACCAGCGUGGUGCUGCAAGGCAUGGCGGCCGGCACCCUUCUCUACGUGGUGUUCUUCGAGGUGCUGUCGAGAGAGAGGAACAAUCGGCACAGCGGCUUCUGGCAGCUGGCGGCCAUCGUCUCGGGUUUCGCCUGCAUGUUCAUCUUCCAGAUCAUAAUUGGUCAUGACCAUGAGCAUGGAAGCAGCGGACACCAUGGCAUCCACCAAGAAGAACAACCCCUCAUCAAUGCUUUUACGUGA